AUGACUCAACGACCGUCAAGGAUUUCUAGAUCUUCUGAUGACAUUUCCUUUAAUAAUCCAUCCGCACCUGGCAUUCACAAUUUUCGUAUUGGGCUUUCUGAACCCAAAGAACAACAGAACCCUCUUCGGGUUGCCUUUUUGGAAUAUCAAAUUUCUUGCUUGACAUUGCAGCAUCAUUCCGCCAUUCAGGAAAAUAAUAGCCUCCAUUCUCAGCUUUCUUCUCUUACUCAACAAAAUGAUAAUCUUCGUUCUGAAGUUGCCGCAUUAAAAGAUCAAAUAAAAAUCAAAGAGGAUCAAAUGAAAAUCCAAGAGGUUGCCCUUUCUAUUUCAAAUAAAGAAUUUUUUGAAGAAUUUUUUCUUAAUGACCAAUCUUCUGCAAAUGGUCAACCUUGA